AUGGCUAAAAGAAGAAGCAAGAAUAGAACCCAUGUUAAGCCAUCUCCAGAGGAGUUGAAGAAGAUUCCAAAAUCCAUGGUGAUAAGAGUUGGACAGACAUCUUUGUCUAGUCACUCUUUGAAUCAAUUAGUCAAGGAUUUCCGUAAUAUAAUGCAACCACAUACUGCUAUUAAGCUUAGAGAGCGCAAAUCGAAUAAGUUGAAGGAUUUUGUCGUAAUGUGUGGCCCAUUAGGAGUUUCCCAUUUGUUCAUCUUUACACAAUCAGAAAAGACCGGUAAUGUAUCACUUAAGAUUGCAAGAACACCACAAGGACCAACUAUCACUUUCCAAGUACAAGACUACUCCUUGAGUAAAGAUAUCAAGAAAUUUUUGAGAAGGCCCAAAUCUCUUGGGAAGGAAGAUAUUCUAAAUCCGCCUUUGUUGGUAUUGAACGGAUUUCAUAUCAAGGGCAACGAGGAUGAGGAAGCAGCCAACGUAGAGAAGGUUAUUGUUUCUAUGUUCCAGAAUGUUUUCCCACCUUUAAACCCAUCUAAAAUUCAAUUGAACACUAUCAAGAGAGUUUUCAUGAUUAACAAAGAUGCAGCUACCGGUGAAAUAUCGUUAAGACAUUAUGCUAUAGAGGUCAGAGAGGUGGAACUUUCUAAGAAUCUAAAAAAACUAUACAAGUCGAAACAAAAACUAAGUAAACCGGUGCCGAAUUUGCAUAGAAAGGAUGAUAUUGCAUCAUUGAUACUUGAUCAUGACAUUGGUGCUUACACUUCUGAAUCUGAGAUUGAAGAAGAUGCCAUAGUGAAAGUCAUGGAUAAAGAUAACCAACAUAUUAAGCAUUUACCACACCAUGCGUCAAAGAAAAAGACUGAACAUUCAACAAAACCAAAUGGCGAAUCCCAUGAUAAUGACGGUGACAUUCCAAUGAAGGAUGAGGAAGAACAAGUUGAACAUCAACAACAGCAAGAGGAGGAUGACUAUCAAUCAGCCCAACAACCAAAGAAGAAGGCUAUAAAACUUACAGAAAUAGGUCCUAGAUUGACUUUGAAACUAGUUAAAAUAGAAGAGGGUAUCUGUGCAGGGAAAGUUUUGCAUCAUGAAUUUGUUAAGAAGUCUGAUGCCGAGAUUAGGGCCUUAGAAAAGAGACAUGCUGAGAAGAUGAGACUCAAGGAACAAAGAAGAAAGGAACAGGAGGAGAACAUAGCAAGGAAGAAGGCAGCCAAGGAGGCUAAAAAACAAAGAAAACUAGAAAGAAGAAAGGCCAGAGAAUUAGCCAACGCUAAGGGAGAUGGAUCAGAUGCCGACAAUUCGUCUGCCUCAGAUUCCUCAGACUCUGAAGAUUCUGAUAGUUCUAGCAGCGAAAACAACUAUAGCGAUGUUCCUGAAGAUUUAGACAGCGAUCUCUUCAGUGAUGUUGACGAAGGUGCCAAUUAA